AUGACAUCCCCAACUCACCACGGCGGUCCUCCAGACCUCAUACCCGAAACUGCCCAGUCCCAAUCCCUCUCUGAGGCGGGUAUUCAUGUGGAGCUUACCCACUCCACGCUCGACAUCACCGCUACACUCGCUCGUGUUCGCAGCCCUAAGGCCGGUGCUCUUAUUCUCUUCGCUGGCACAACGCGAGACAACUUUGACUCGAAGCCGGUCGAGCACCUCUCCUACACUUCAUACCCUCCGCUGGCGCUGCAGACGCUGCUCAAGAUCUGCCGUGAAAUGAAGGAGAAGCACAGUCUGAUUGGGAUCUCAAUCAUUCACAGGCUUGGAACGUGUCCUGUGGGUGAGGAGAGUAUAUUGGUGGCUGUGAGUGCGCCGCACAGAAAGGCGGCGUGGAGCGCGGGCGAGGAGUGCCUGGAGAUCGUGAAGGAAAAGGCAGAAAUAUGGAAGCUGGAGACGUUUGUGGGUGGGGAAGGGGUAUGGAGGGCGAACAAGGAUGGGGUGCAGGGUGGUAGUACCACUGCGCAUGUUUAA